UGGUGUAGGAGGGAUGGAUCUCUUCAACAAGCGUUUGCUUGCCUUCUUCUUGUGUACCUUCCCAUCGGAAAUUGCUUAGGAAGAGUCUUUGAGAUAUUAAGAUGUUUCCUUGCUCUGUCACAGCACCCUAUAAGGACUGCCAGGCAAUAAUGAAGGUUCUUUUACUGAAGGAUGCUAAGGAAGACGACUGUGGCCAGGAUCCGUAUAUCAGGGAAUUAGGAUUAUAUGGACUUGAAGCCACUUUGAUCCCUGUUUUAUCAUUUGAAUUUUUGUCUCUUCCCAGUUUCUCUGAGAAGCUUUCUCAUCCUGAAGAUUACGGGGGACUCAUUUUUACCAGCCCCAGAGCAGUGGAAGCGGCACAGUUAUGUUUGGAGAAAAACAAUAAAACUGAAGUCUGGGAAAGGUCUCUGAAAGAAAAAUGGAAUGCCAAGUCAGUGUAUGUGGUUGGAAAUGCUACUGCUUCUCUAGUGAGUAAAAUUGGCCUGGAUACAGAAGGAGAAACCUGUGGAAAUGCAGAAAAGCUUGCAGAAUAUAUUUGUUCCAGGGAGUCCUCAGCACUGCCUCUUCUAUUUCCCUGUGGAAACCUCAAAAGAGAAAUCCUGCCGAAAGCGCUCAAGGACAAAGGGAUUGCCAUGGAAAGCGUAACUGUGUAUCAGACAAUUCCACACCCAGGAAUCCAAGGGAACCUGAACAGCUACUAUUCCCAGCAGGGGGUUCCAGCCAGCAUCACAUUUUUCAGUCCCUCUGGCCUCACAUACAGUCUCAAGCAUAUUCAGGAGUUAUCUGGUGACAAUAUCGAUCAAAUUAAGUUUGCAGCCAUCGGCCCCACUACGGCUCAUGCACUGGCCGCCCAGGGCCUGCCUGUAAGCUGCACUGCAGAGAGCCCCACGCCACAAGCCCUGGCCACUGGCAUCAGGAAGGCACUCCAGCCCCAUGGCUGCUGCUGAGUCAGCCACCUGUCGCUUGCCCCAUGCAGCCUCCCUGGGCUGGGCUGGCUCUGGAUGGAGCUGGGCAUUGGCAAGGGCUCUCAGGAGCUGCUGCCAUCAGACUCCUGCUUCAAGCCUGAGUGGAAGCAUCUGAGGACCGGGGAUCAGGACCUGACCUGGGGCUGGCCUCAGGCCCACAUGCACGUGACCACCCUCUGUGGAAGCCAGCUUGAACCCUAGCCCUGUGAGAGCUUCCUGUGCCCAGCAGGAAGGAAAUAAAAUAAACCACACUGGCUGCCCUGCUUAC